AGGUGAAGCAUGAAGUUAUGAACCACAGCCACAGGUAGCAGGCAUAAUCCGCAUAGUGAAAGGAUAAUAAUAAUUAAAUCAAAAUGGCCCUUCUAUCUUCUCCUCGUCCUCUCCCAACCCACUUCUCUGCUUCCACCUCCACUUCUCUACUUGUCCGCCGCCGCCCAAUCACCGCCUGCCAAGUCUGCACCCCCAAGCAACCCUUACAUGAGUCCACUCUCAAUGUCGCCGAAGGUUUUGCCGAGGAUGAGCUCUGGGCCGCCGCCUGUCUCCGUGUUCGGUCCUUCUACCAGUUCAAGCCCACCACGUUCGGCCUCCAAGAUCACAAAAUGUUCUUGGCGGAGCGAGAGUUUGAAGCUAUCAAGGAACGUGUUAGUGGGAAGAGGAAGGGUUUUGGGAGAGUUUCGUGUGUAAAUGCUACAGUCCCACUUUCGCAAUUCUCAAGCCUUUCAUUUCCGGCAGAUGAUUUAUGUGCUUCCUGUAAGUUUACCGACAAUGGAGAAGAUCGAGUAGUAGUUGGGACCCUUGAUCUUAACCAGUGUGUAAGUCUUCCAGAUGAGAUAGCAGGAAGAAGACCAGAGGCGAUUGGAGCUGAUUUUGCAAGGGCAUAUCUGAGUAAUGUAUGUGUUGCCAAGGAACUGCAUAGAAAUGGUUUAGGUCAUGCUCUUGUGGCAAAGUCAAAGUUAGUUGCGCGAGAUUGGGGCAUAAGUGAUCUGUAUGUUCAUGUUGCUGUUGAUAAUGAACCAGCAAAACAGUUGUACAUGAAGAGUGGUUUCGUUUAUGAGAGUGACGAACCUGCAUGGCAGGCCAGGUUCCUGGACCGGCCAAGAAGGUUACUUUUGUGGUUUGGUAUUCCAGGCGUGCAACUAUGACAAGUAUCAUAUGAUUCUUUCCUCGAUAUACAUUGCUCCGACAAUGUACAGAGCAUUUCACAAGUCUGAACAUGAUUGGUCGGUCUCUUCCUCAUUGAGAUGUAAAUUUCUGUAACCUAUUUGACAUACUGGGUCUUAAAGGCUUUUAUUUUCUAAAAAUCCUAUGUGCUAUUUGUAAUGAUGAAUACUUGAUUUAAUUUGGGAAUACUUUCCGUAUCAAAAAAAAAAAUUUGG